AAAGGGGCAGGGUUGUAUUUUAAACUCCAGUCUCCCCCCACCCCCAAGUCCGUACAACCGAAGAGGUGGAUUUGGGAAGAAAAACACACCUAAACCUGGAACCGCGGAGAUAACCGGGGGAAGGGGAGCAACGAAAUACGGGACACGUUUUUAGUAAUCGUGUGAAUUACGGCUGUGCGUCUGUGCGCACUGACGCGACGCGCGACUGUUGGAGGGGAGAGCGGAACGCGUUUGUGAGCGCUCACCUCCGUCAACGAGUGAUUCGAUCCCGUUAUCGAGGUGGAAUAUACUCGUAUUUUAUCCUCGCUCUCCUGCGGAUGCGGAAAGUUUUUUUUACUCGGAGGAUUACUUCUCACCGCGGACGCGCUACGGAUUUUAAGAAUCGCCCCCCGUUUGUUACCCUUAACUCGCCUUACUGACUCCACGGAGGGGGGUCGCGUUGAAAAGACUUCUCUCACGCUACCACAAGUGCCCCAGCCUGCGUGAAGACCCCACUCCCUGCCCGGUAGGGCCCUCGGCUCCCUGGCCUCAGGUCGAAGGUUAACUCCGGUCCUCUGCCACCCCACUGGAACCAAGAUGGCCGCCGGCAGUGCCUCCUCGGUUUCCCUGCCGGCCCUCCUGCCUGUGGGGACCCUGCUGCUGUCGCUGCUCCUCACCGGCUCCCACGCCUUAGCUAAGCCCCGGUUCACCAAAGUUCCCAUUGACCAGAUCGGCGUCUCGGGGGGCGUGGUUUCCUUCGUGUGCCAGGCAACGGGCGACCCCAAGCCCAGGGUGAGCUGGAACAAGAAGGGCAAGAAGGUCAACUCCCAGCGCAUUGAGACCAUCGAGUUUGACGAGGGCGCGGGGGCAGUUCUUCGGAUCCAGCCUCUCCGGGCGCCCAGGGACGAGAACAUAUACGAGUGCGUCGGCGAGAACAGCGAGGGCGAGGUCACGGUCAACGCCAAGCUGUCAAUCAUAAGAGAGGACCUGCUUCCCUCCGGGUUCCCCAACAUCGACAUGGGCCCUCAGCUCAAGGUGGUGGAGCGGACUCGGACGGCCACCAUGUUGUGUGCGGCCAGCGGGAACCCUGACCCAGAGAUCACCUGGUACAAGGACUUCCUGCCCAUUGACCCCAACGCAAGUAACGGCAGAAUCAAACAGCUGCGCUCCGAAGCCUUCGAGAGUACCCCGAUUCGAGGGGCCCUGCAGAUCGAGAACAGCGAGGAGACCGACCAGGGGAAGUACGAGUGCGUGGCGUCUAACGUGGAAGGCGUGCGCUACUCGUCCCCCGCUAACCUUUAUGUGCGAGAGCUUCGAGAAGUCCGGCGCGUGUCCCCUCGCUUCUCCAUCACGCCCACCAGCCAGGAGAUCAUGCCGGGGGGCAGUGUGAACAUCACCUGCGUGGCGGUGGGCUCGCCCAUGCCCUACGUCAAGUGGAUGCUCCACACCGAGGACCUGACCCCCGAGGACGAGAUGCCGGUGGGCCGCAACGUCCUGGUGCUGGACAGCGUCCGCGAGUCGGCCAACUACACCUGCGUGGCCAUGAGCAGCCUGGGCAUCAUCGAGGCCACGGCGCAAAUCACGGUCAAGUCCCUUCCGAAGCCUCCAGGCACGCCGGAGGUGACCGAGACCACCGCCACCAGUGUCACCAUCACCUGGGACUCUGGCAACCCAGACCCGGUGACCCACUACAUCAUCCAGUACCGCGCCAAGUCUCCGGAGAGCAAGUUCGAGACCAUGGACGGCAUCACCACCACGCGCUACAGCAUCGGAGGCCUCUACCCCAACACCGAGUACGAGAUCAGGGUCUCGGCCUUCAACACCAUCGGCCAAGGCCCCCCCAGCGAACCCGUCGAGACCCGGACCGGCGAGCAGGCGCCCGCCUCCCCUCCGCGCAACGUCAAAGCCCGGAUCAUCUCCCAGAACACCAUGAUGGUGCGCUGGGAGGAGCCGGAGGAGCCCAACGGGCAGAUCAAGGGCUACCGGGUGUACUACACCAUGGACGACUCCCAGCCCAUGGCGCACUGGCAGAUCCACAAUGUGCAGGACAGCAUGAUCACAACCAUCCAGAGCCUGGUGCCGUCGGAGACCUACACCAUCAAGGUGCUGGCCUUCACCUCGGUGGGCGACGGACCCUUCUCCGAGCCCAUCCACGUCAAAGUGCUGCAAGGAGUGCCUGGCCAGCCGAACAAAUUCCAGGUUGGUGCUGUGUCAGACACCAGCAUUGAGCUGACCUGGGAGCCAGCCUACGAGAGGGAGGGGAUCAUAAGUUACAACCUCCACUGCAAAGAGGGAAGUCCUGGCAUACUGAUAAAGAAAACCUUUGGGCCCACGUCUUCCUAUGUGGUGGACGGGCUCCGUCCAAACACAGAGUACCUCCUUUCCCUGGCUGCCAUCUCCAACAAAGGCGUGGGGGCCUUCACCAACGACAUUACCCAGAAGACCUUGCAAGCAAAGCCCUCCGCCCCCCCUCAAGACAUUAAGUGCGCCCCCUCCAGCUCCACCAGCCUGCUGGUAGCUUGGCGCCCCCCGCCUGUGGAGAGCCAGAAUGGCGCCCUGGCGGGGUACACCGUGCGCUACCAGGUGGAGGCGGCGGCGGGCUCCGUCGAGUCGGCCGCCGGGACGGCCGACAAUGAGGAGACCUCGGGGGAAGUGUCAGUGCCCUCCGGCGAGCAGGUGCUGCUCCCGCGGCUGGAGAAGUGGACCCAGUACCGGAUCAGUGUGGCCGCUCUCACCCACAUGGGGUCCGGCCCCGAGAGCGAGCUGCUCAGCUGCCGCACCGACGAGGACGUGCCCGGCGCUCCGCCCAGGCGGGUCGACGUGGACGUGCUCAACUCCACCGCCCUCAAGGUGAUGUGGCGCUCGCUGGCGCCGGGCAAACAGCACGGGCAGAUCCGUGGCUACCAGGUCCACUACGUGCGUGUGGAGAAUGGGGAAUCCCGCGGCCUGCCGCUGAUCAAAGACGUCAUGCUGGCCGACGCCCAGUGGGAAAUGGACGAUACCGCUGACUACGAAAUGGUCAUCGGAGGACUGAAGCCUGACACCACCUACUCUAUCACGGUGGCUGCUUACACCACCAAGGGUGAUGGAGCACGCAGCAAACCUAAGCUGGUGGUGACUAAGGGCGCAGUGCCCGGGCCGCCCUACCUGUCUGUGGCCCAGGACUCUGAGACGUCAGCGGUGGUCCGCUGGGACCCGCCGGACCUCCUCAACGGCAUGGACCUGCAGGGCUACCGCCUGCAGUUCGGCCGCAAGGACCUUGCCCCGCUGGCCACGCUGGAGUUCGACCCCCAGGAGCACCACUACUCCGUGGGCAGCAUCCACCGUGGCACCACCUACCUCUUUAAGAUCUCCGCCAAGAGCCGGGGGGGCUUCGGCGAGGAGGCGGCGGUGGAGCUCAGCGUGCCCGAAAACACGCCGGGCGGCUACCCGCACAUCAACGCCCCGUCCAACGUGACCUGCUGCUCGGCGCAGCUGUCCUGGGCGCCGCCCGUGCUGGCGGAGAGGAACGGCGCCAUCACGGAGUACACCCUGGCCUACAAGGAGGCGGGCUCCGGGGCACCCCCCCGCGAGCUGCGCCUGGCCCCCGGCCUGUCCAGCUUUGUGCUCAACAGCCUCAAGCCGGACUCGGCGUACGAUGUGAAAAUACGAGCGCACACCAGUGUAGGUCCCGGGCCCUACAGCCCGCCGAUCCAGUAUCGCACAGUGGCCUUUGAGCCCACAGAUGUUCCAAAGAACUUCACGGUCAGGUGGGCCACCAAAACCACAGUGAUGGUGGCGUGGAAGUUUUCUGAGAGCAGGUCUCCGUACAAAUGCACAAUCGAGUACAGCCGGCAGAAGAUGGACAUCGACGCCCGGCAGCUGAAGGCGCUGGUCUUGGGCCUGAGACCCAACAGCACCUACGAGUUCCGGGUCACCUGCAUGGAGCGGUCGGACGGGGGCACGCGGCACCGCGUGGCUGCCAGGACGGCGCCCCUGGUGCUGGACAAGAAGCCCAGGCUGGAGAUCGACGUGGACCCCGACAGUGCCCUCACCAUCUCAUUCCCCCCUGUGGAGAGCAAGGACAUCAAGAACUUCUACUUGGUGGCCGUGCCGCUGAAGCGGACCACCGGGACGGUGAAGAACCUGAAGACCCCGGACGAGAUGGACAUGGAUGAGCUUCUCCGGGAGGUGAUCCCGAGACACCGGUCGCGGCGGCAGCUAGCCCAGCAGGACCAGAGGAAGCCCUACGUUAUGGCGUGCUUCCGGCAUCUUCCGACCAGCUACAUGGUCGGCUCGGAGCACCGCCACAGCAGCUGUGAGAACAAGCCCCUCGAGCCGGGACAGGAGUACGUCUUCUUCCUGCUGGCCGAGCUCAACACCACCUCGGGGAAAAUGUUUGCAACCAGCCCGUACACGGACACGGUGCUGACCCCGGAGGUCGUGGACGUGCGGCAGGUGGAGACGGGCGCCGAUGGCCUCAUCUGGGUGGUGGGCCCCGUGCUGGCCGUGGUCUUCAUCAUCUGCAUCGUCAUCGCCAUCCUCCUCUACAAGAACAAGCCCGACAGCCGCAAGAGAAAAGAGGCAGAGCCACGGACCAAGUGUAUGCUCAACAACGCUGACAUCACCCCUCACCACCCCACCGACCCCGUGGAGAUGAGACGCAUCAACUACCAGACGCCAGAUUCUGGUCUAAGCAGUCCUCAGAGUGAAGCCGAUAUUAUGGAUGAAAGGAUGAUGAACCACCCGCCCAUCCCCAUCGCCGAGCUGGCUGAACACACAGAGCUGCUGAAGGCCAACGACAACCUGAAGCUCUCGCAGGAGUACGAGUCUAUCGACCCAGGCCAGCAGUUCACCUGGGAGAACUCCAACCUGGAGGUGAAUAAGCCCAAGAAUCGCUACGCCAACGUCAUCGCCUACGACCACUCCCGCGUCAUCCUGGCUCCCAUUGACGGCAUCACGGGCAGCGACUACAUCAACUCCAACUACAUCGAUGGCUACAGGAAGCAGAACGCCUACAUCGCCACCCAGGGGCCGUUACCGGAGACCUUCGGAGACUUCUGGAGGAUGGUGUGGGAGCAGCGGGCGGCCACUGUGGUCAUGAUGACCAGGCUAGAGGAGAAGUCACGGAUCAAGUGUGACCAGUACUGGCCAAGCCGGGGUACAGACACCUACGGGAUGACCCAGGUCACCCUGCUUGACACCAUAGAGCUGGCUACCUUCUGCGUUCGCACCUUCUCCCUACACAAGAACGGUUCGAGUGAGAAGCGGGAGGUGCGUCAGUUCCAGUUCACGGCGUGGCCCGACCACGGCGUCCCAGAGUACCCCACUCCCUUCCUGGCCUUCCUGCGCCGGGUGAAGACCUGCAACCCGCCUGAUGCCGGCCCAAUCAUCGCACACUGCAGUGCCGGCGUGGGCCGCACCGGGUGCUUCAUCGUCAUCGACGCCAUGCUGGAGCGCAUCAAGCACGAGAAGACGGCGGACAUCUACGGCCACGUGACGCUCAUGCGCUCCCAGAGGAACUACAUGGUGCAGACGGAGGACCAGUACAGCUUCAUCCACGACGCGCUGCUGGAGGCGGUCGCCUGCGGCAACACGGAGGUGGCCGCCCGCAGCCUCUACUCCUACAUCCAGAAGCUGGCCCAGGUGGAGGUGGGCGAGCACGUCACCGGCAUGGAGCUGGAGUUCAAGCGGCUGGCCAACUCCAAGGCGCACACGUCCCGGUUCAUCAGCGCCAACCUGCCCUGCAACAAGUUCAAGAACCGGCUGGUCAACAUCAUGCCCUACGAGACCACGCGCGUCUGCCUGCAGCCAAUCAGGGGCCUGGAGGGCUCCGACUACAUCAACUCCAGCUUCAUCGACGGAUACAGACAACAGAAGGCGUACAUCGCCACACAGGGCCCCCUGGCGGAGACCACAGAGGACUUUUGGAGGAUGCUCUGGGAGAACAACUCCACCAUCGUCGUCAUGCUCACCAAGCUCAGAGAGAUGGGACGGGAGAAGUGCCACCAGUACUGGCCAGCCGAGCGCUCGGCACGGUACCAGUACUUUGUGGUGGACCCCAUGGCAGAGUACAACAUGCCCCAGUACAUCCUGCGAGAGUUCAAGGUCACUGAUGCCAGGGACGGCCAGUCUAGGACUGUAAGGCAGUUCCAGUUCACCGAUUGGCCAGAGCAAGGUGUGCCUAAAUCCGGGGAGGGCUUCAUCGACUUCAUUGGCCAGGUACACAAGACCAAGGAGCAGUUCGGACAGGAUGGACCAAUCUCUGUUCACUGCAGUGCCGGGGUGGGCCGGACCGGGGUCUUCAUCACCCUGAGCAUUGUGCUGGAGAGGAUGCGGUACGAGGGCGUGGUGGACAUCUUCCAGACGGUGAAGAUGCUGCGGACGCAGAGGCCCGCCAUGGUGCAGACGGAGGACGAGUACCAAUUCUGCUACCAGGCUGCGCUGGAGUACUUGGGAAGCUUCGAUCACUAUGCAACGUAAAAUAGCCAUCCUCCCUUCCCUUCCCCACCCCUCCCCCACCACCUCCCCCCUCCAGGUCUCUGCCCCCCCCCCCGCCCACUCUCCCCCAUCCCCCUCAAACCUCGCCUGUCCCCUGAGCCAUACAACCUUGCUUGAAAUUUGAAUAAGACGAAAAUGGAGAAAAAGAACAACAACGAUUACCCCAAGAAAAAUGCCCCCACCCAGUAAAACCAAAAUCUACAAACCACAAAGAACUCCCUUUCGAAAAGGAGGAGCCAGUUUAGUCAAUCAAACGAAAAGAAAAGCGAAGUUGGAGCAGGUGAGGUACCACCUGACACCCCCACUCACCAAUAAGAGGAGAGAUUUAAAAAAGGCUUUGGCUCACACUUUGGGGGGACGGGGAACCCGAACCAGAGUCGGACUGCGAACCUUACCUCAAGUGUUACCAAUGUGGGAGGACAUUGUAUACAUUUUGUGGAGAUUCACUUCUUUAAAAAAUAUAUAUAUUGUACGUAAUACGAAGACAGCAGACAAUGGAACGACUAGGGACGAGGUCGACAGAGCGACAGCAAGACGGAGGCAGGUGGAUGUAGCCUGGAUGAGACGACUCUGCCUCCUUCUUCUUUUACAUGUAGUGAGUGUGUUGGCGUGGGGUGGGGGGGGGGGGGGGGGGGGGGGGUACUUUAUCAAUGUCUUACAGCAGGAGCUGUUCAAAGAAACAUCUGAAUCAUGGCUGCCUGUGUGAAAAAACAUUCAGUGUCCCCACACGCAAACGCCACCUACCCCUUUGGCUAGCCAAGUGGUUCGAAAAAUACUCAGCAACCAAAAUGAAGACGGAUUACUUUCCAUUUGGUCUGGAGGAACACUGUGUUUUACCCACCAGUGAUUCAUCCCAUUAGCCAUUAAAGCAACGCAUCGCUUCUCUAGUUACCAUCAAAAGGCCAGCCAUUACUGAGUAAGACGGGGCUACAAAACAGAACACACGCUUCACCAUGCUAGCAUAGCGGAGGCAGGAACAUGUACGUGAAAGAACGUGAACGUAAUCAGUUCAUUACCGACAGACAUUUGGAGCGCCCGAUUCCCGGUCUCUGGAGCAGGGGUGAAAGGUCCGACCACCCCAGUGUCGUUGUGAUGAACUACCGACACAACAGCGAUCUUAAGAUCUUCUGGAAGCCGAGGAAUUCUCAGAUGAGGCUCUCGGACGUGGCCAUUGGCUCUCUUGCCGCUUUGACCUUCAAUGUUGUUGUUUUGAAAUUCGACCCCUACCUUAAAACUGUUGCAUCAUGGACGUUUGGUGCGGCCCUCUUUCAUUUUAGUCAACAUUUGUUUAAAAGGAUACUGACUUAACAGGUGGUGCGAAAAUACAAGUUCUGGAUGUUGGUCAAUGUGUGUGCCAGACUCUGCAUCGUCACAUCUAGGACUUUUUUCCGUACUUUUUCCGUUUUCGUUUUAUUUAACGUUAAACACCAAACAUGCUGCUUACUUGUUGAGUGCUGUGGGCGUGGCUCUUCUGUGCGAGAGAUCAUACAUACAAAAGGUGCCAGCUUUGCUCAUUGGUUCACCAACCCCUGCCCUACCCCUGGUGGUCACAACGGAAAGUACAUCAACGGAUCAUCCGAUUUUUUUCUUUCUUCAAACUACUCCUUCGGCUUGUUAAGCGCUCAUAUAUUGACCGGGCCAGUUCAGUCCCCCACCUUGCAGCAACAAAGAGAAUAAGAACUUCCUCUUGUGGCUCCUGUAUGUGUAUGCGUGUUUGUGUGUGUGCUCCUUGACCAAUCGGAUGAACCCAAGUUAAUGCUCUCCGGUUCCUCCGUGGUCGGCGGGAACAGGGGAAGGUCCGCCAUGUUGGGAUUGAAACGUGACGCUCUGGAGGUGAAGAACUUAGUGACGGCUCACUUGUUCACCCCCUCCUCCACAAAUGAAAAGGAAGAUAUAUACUGGAACUAGUGUUUGUGAAUGUGGGCGCGCCCGGAGGUGAUGGAGGGGGUCUUUUAUUGCGUCGGUCUGGACUGACAGACCCUCGUUCCCCAGACGUUUCAAGUGGCGGGACCAGGAGCUGGAGACAUGAACUGUGUGUGCGCGCGUGUGUGUGUGUGUGUGUACUCUGUUUCUCGUUUCCAAAAAAAGCCUUAUUGUUACUGUAACUUUACAAAUACGUUACUGUUGUAUUAUGAUUAUUAUUACAUUAUUAUUAUUAUGAUUACCGAUUAAUCUCAUGUUACUUUACAUAGCUGACUUUUUAUUUAGCUUUAUCUUUUUUUUAAUACAGUUAGCGUGACAUGAUAAAUGCUAAUCUUUUCAUAUUACAUUUAAAGACAUUCUAUUUUUUCACGUGUUCAGUAUAACAUAUGUCUUUGUGAAUGUGCGUAUAUAUAUAUGUAUAUGUAUAUAUUAUACCACAUUCACAUUGAUAGAUAUAUAUUUAAAUGCAGAAUAUAUUAGAACUAUCCAAACGAUUAUGAAUUAGUUUUUUCUCCUUUUCAUCCUGUUUUUAAAGGCCAACCAACUUGUUACGAAUUAUGUGAUUAUGUACUUUUAUUUCUUUACAGCAACCCUUAACGAUUUCUUUGUGUUCCUUUACUGCCAUAAUACGGCCAUAUCUGCUGUGAUAAGGUACAUUUUUAACGUGUUUAUAAGCAUUGUUGACUUCAUUAACCUAUACGCAGUAGAAUAUUUUGCAUCGUGUUCAGUUUGUGAUAUUAUUUUUUAACUGUUGUUUAUCACCCAUCUAAGAAGACAAAAUGGCCCUGUUCUUUACCAGUUUUUUUUAUAUUUGCCCCAAAAUGACUUCUUCUUCUGAUCGUGUACAGCCUCUGACAACAUACAAGUUGACGUCCCACAAAAAACUUGCUUUAAAAACAUAACACGACCACCCAUUAUGUUAGCUAUCAACUAAGAUCCAAGAUAUAAUACCUGUAAAUAAAAUUAAACAAAUAUAUAGA